AUGGAACCUACUCUAUCUAAGGGAGCUGGUUAUGGUGUAAUCAUUGGUCUAGGAAUAUUUUUCGCUAUAUUAAUGAAUUUAGUUACUUUCAUUCAAAACAAAUUCACUAAGGCUAAUUCUAAUAAAGUUGACGAGUUCACAUCUGCCUCUAGGGGUUUACCAUUUGGCUUGGUUUUGUGCGGUAUUUUAAGUUCUUGGACUUGGAGCUUAACUUUACUACAAGCUCCAACUGAGUCUUACAAUAUCGGUUUUUCAGGAGGAUAUUGGUAUGCAAUUGGUGGAUUGUUACAAGUUUCUGUCUUUUCUUUAAUUUCGUCCAAAAUCAAGAAGAAUGCUAACUUAAUAACUACCUUCCCGGAAAUGGCUUACCUCAGAUUCAAAUCAACCGCCGCUCACUUAUCAUUUCUUUGGUGCGGAUUGGUGUGUAAUGCAAUCGUAAGCUCUUGUAUCUUGUUAGGAGGAGCUGCUGUUGUUAAUGGUAUUACAGGGGUAAAUAUGUAUGCUGCCUUAUUUUUGAUUCCAUUUGGAGUUGCUGUAUAUGUCUCAUUUGGGGGCCUUAGAGCAACUUUCAUCUCGGAUGCAACUCAUACUUGUGUCUUGAUUGUGUUUAUAAUAGUUUUUGUCUUUGAGGUUUAUACACAUGGGGACAAGAUAGGUUCACCACAGAAGAUGUGGGAAUUAUUAGAGGCAUUGCCUCCGGUAGAAGAUAAUUAUCAAGGUUCUUAUUUAACUUUUAGAUCGAAACAAGGUGCAAUUUUUGCGGUAAUUAGUAUUGUUACUGGAUUUGGGCUAGUAGUUAAUGAUCAAGCGUACUUAAGUAGAGCUGUGGCAUCUGAUCCAAAAACAACAUCAUCUGCCUAUUUUUUCGGCGCUGGAGCAUGGUUCGUCAUCCCUUUCGGUAUUUCUGCAUCUUUGGGCUUAGCGGCAAAGGCUUGUUCAAAUUACUCGGAUUUUCCAAACUUAUCAGCAGACGAUGUUUCAGCAGGGUUGGCUUCAGUUGCUUCUGCAACUUACCUUAUGGGAACGACGGGAUCAAUAAUGAUGUUACUAAUGGUAUUUCUUUCUGUAACUUCAUCAUUUUCAGGUGAAUUAAUUGCAACAUCAACUUUAUUAUCUUACGAUAUUUACAAAAGGUAUAUUAGACCUGAUGCUUCUCCAAAAGAGGUAGUCAAAGCAGCAAAAAUUGGAGUUUUUAUUUGGGCGCUUUUCUCUGCUUGUUUAGCCACAAUUUUCAAAGGGGGAGCUCAGAUCUCCAUGGGAUGGCUUUUUAAUUUCUUAGGCGUAUCCACUGCAUCUGGAGUUUUUCCUAUAAGCUUGACCUUUACUUGGAAAGGACUAAAUAAAUGGGGAGCAAUUGGAGGAUCAAUGGGCGGAAUGAUUUUAGCAUUAAUUGUAUGGCUAUCUACAUGCAAAGCAUAUCUUGGUGAAAUUAACGUAGUGAACUUAUCUGAUCAAUGGGUUUCUUUUGCAGGAAAUGUUACAGCCUUAAUUAUGGGUGGAGUUAUUUCAAUUGUUAUAUCAUUGAUCAGACCUGCAAAUUUUGAUUGGAAUACUACUAGAAAUACUUCAAUCCUUCUCAGAGGACAAGAAAACAAUUCUUAUCGACCUCAUCAUGUUUUGAAUAAUAAUCAUGAAAAUAAUAAAAUGGACGAAAUUUUGAAAGAGAAUGAAAUACAGAAUAAUGAAAAAGACAUAGACUCAGAAUCUUCGAUUAACACUGAUCUUGACCUAAGAAUUGAUGAAAAUAUUGCUCAUGAUAGUUUGGAUAAGCAAUUCAAAAAGUAUGCCAUGUUGGUUGCAAUAAUUGCAGUAAUUGCAACAUUUAUAAUCCCUGUACCAUUGGCAGCAACUCCAUAUAUAUUUUCACCAAAAUUUUUAACUGCUUGGAUUUCAGUCAUCGUAGUUUGGUUAUUCUAUACCUUCUCGUUGACAAUCCUACUCCCAAUUUAUGAAUCUAGAAAAUCUAUAUGGAGAAUUAUGAAGAAAAUAUUUGAAAAUAGAAAUAUAUAA